AUGGCUUUACUUGGUUGUGGCGUUUGUGCUUCUAAUGCUCAAAUCCCUCUUUUUAGUCACAUCUUUACUAAAUUCUCUUCCUCUGACUCUUCUCUUUCUUCUUUAUCUGCUUUUACUACAGACUGUUCUCUUCUUAGUACUUCUCUCCGUCAUCUUUCAAAUGACUCUUUAUUACUUAUUGAUGAAUUUGGUAAAGGAACACAUCCUUCUGAUGGUUUGGCUUUAUUUAUUGCUACACUUCGCUAUCUUCAAUCUUUAGGCUCUAACGCUCCAAAAACAAUCAUUUCCACUCAUUUCAUUUCCUUUUUUCAUUACAUUGACUUGAAUAAAUGUGUUCCUCUUAAAAUGGACGUUCUUCUUAAUCAAUCUAAUAACUCUAUCACUUUUUUAUAUCAUCUUGUUAAUGGAAUAUCAGACUCUUCUUAUGGCAUCCAUUGUGCUCGACUCGCUCAUCUCCCCUCUUCUCUAAUCUCCCGUGCUUCUCAAAUCGCUACCUCUUUAUCCACUUCCUCUCCUAUUCUCCCUUUAUCUUCUCAUCUCAACUUAGAAUUUUAUUACAACUCCCUUCUUUCUAAUUUCUCUAAUUUUGACGUCGACAAUGGUGAUCUUUCUCUUUUAUUAAAUUCUAUCUCUCUCAUCUCUUCUCAUCUCUCUUCUUUAAAACUUAAACCUCUUUAA